AUGACAAGUCAACGCAAACUCCGGCUGGGGGCCUUUUUUUCUGGCACCGGCAGCAACAUGGCAUCCUGGCGGCACCCCCAGGCGGUGCCCGAUGGCCCUAUUAACCUGCAAUACUAUCGGGAGUUGACACGCAAAGCCGAGGAAGCCAAGCUGGAUUUCGUCUUCUUUGGCGAUGGACUAUUCAUCAGCGAAAAGUCCCAUCCCAUCUUCCUGAACCGAUUCGAGCCCCUGACCCUGCUGGCCGCCCUGGCUAUGGACACUACCCACAUCGGGGUGGCGGCUACCCUUUCUACAACCUACACAAUGGGCGAGCCGGUUGGAACAUCGUUACUUCGCCGCUGGAAGGGUCAGCCCUCAAACUACAGCAAGCCGGAGCAUCCUGCCCAUGACUUGCGCUACGAAAUGGCCCACGAGUUCCUGGAAAUUACCAAAGGGCUUUGGGACUCCUGGGAAGAUGAUGCCUUUGUAUUCGACAAGGAAGCUGGAGUCUUUUUUGAUCCAGAAAAGAUGCACCGCGUAAAUCACCAGGGAGAGUUCUACUCUGUACAGGGGCCCCUUAACAUUUCCCGCUCCCCCCAGGGCAGGCCCGUUCUAAUCCAGGCCGGCUCUUCAGAAGCGGGUCGCAGCUUUGCCGCCCGCCACGCCGAUGUAAUCUUUACCGGCCAACCGUCACUGGAGGCGGCCAAGGCCUUCUACGACGACGUCAAGGGACGUGCAGCGGAAUACGGCCGGAAUCCUGGGGAGUUGUUGAUUCUCCCCGGGUGCUCGCCAAUAGUGGGGCAUAGUGAGGCCGAGGCAGACGAGAAAUACCGCGAAAUCGCAGGCCUGGUGGAAAUGGCAGACGCACUGAACUACCUGGGCCGUUACUUCGACGACCUGGACUUUACCCAGUUUGACCUGGAUGCGCCUUUCCCGGAACUGGGCGACUUCGGCCGCAAUGGCUGGGAGAGCACUACCGACCGGCUGAAGAAAAUGGCGCGGGAGGAAAAUCUGACCUUGCGCGAAGUAGCCUUGAGAACGACUACGUCGCGGCACAAGUUCAUCGGCACUCCGGAACAGGUAGCGGAUACCAUGCAAAGCUGGCUGGAAGGGGGCGCCGCCGACGGGUUCAUGGUGAACAAUUCGGUGCUGCCCGUCGGCUUCAAUGACUUUAUUGACCUGGUCGUUCCCAUCCUCAAGGACAGGGAAAUCUUUCGCACCGAGUACGAGUCCAACACCUUGCACGGCAACCUGGGACUGCCAAUACCGCCCAAUCGCUAUGUUGGGACCAAGACCAGAAACUGA